AUGGCGGAGACCGAAUGGCAGCUCAUCAGCCAGGGCGCCGAGGCGAAAGUGUUCGAGACGGACUUCGCCGGCCGCCCCUGCAUCGUCAAGGAGCGCAUCAAGAAGAGCUACCGCCUGUCGGUGCUGGACAAGAAGCUGUCGCACCGCCGCCUGGUGCAGGAAGCUCGCUGCAUCCUCAAGUGCCGCCGCGCUGGGGUCCUCACGCCCGCCAUUUUCCUCGUGGACGAGGACAAGAGCCGCCUCUACCUGGAAAAAGUGCAAGGCGGCAGCCUCAAGGACUAUUUGCGACGAGCCUACAAGCUCGCAGACCCCAAGUAUGGCCCGAUGGCCUUGAAGAAGGCCUACCAGAUCGGCGCAGCCAUCGCCAAGAUGCACGACGCGGACAUCGUCCACGGAGACCUGACCACGUCCAACAUGAUGCUGAGCAGCGACGACGCUACGGAUGUGACGAUGAUCGACUUUGGUCUGGCCAACUCGCAGCCGCUGCCGGAGGACAAGGCUGUGGACCUUUACGUCAUGGAGCGAGCAUUUGCCAGCACCCACGUGAACUCAGAGCUACUGGUUGAAGAGGUGCUGCGUGCAUACCGAGCGAAAUCCCGUCGCUCUGAUGCGAUCUUCCAGAAGCUCUCGCAAGUCCGUCUGCGUGGCCGGAAGCGUACUAUGGUCGGAUAA